AUGACUGCUCAGACCGAGUCUGUGCGUCUGCGCUUGCGCGACUGCGACGCCUCCUCGAGCAGGUUGACGCCCUGCACGCAGGCCAUGCUGGCGCGGCGCGGUGGCAGCUCGUCGCUGUCGCUCUCGCUGCCGCUCUCUUCAUCGAGAGUGCCGCGGGCGGCAGGCUCGUCGUCGGAGCGCAAGCGCUUGCGCGACGACGUCGUCGAGGAGAGGCCCUGCGCCGCCUUCUGCUCGGCCUGGAGCUUGGCAGCGGCCUCCUGGGCCUCGCGCAGCUUCGUCUUCUUGGCCUUGCCGCGGCGGCGCACCGUCGUCGGAUACUGGCAGUCCAUGCCGCGCUUCUUGCACUGCGAGCACUUGGGGCCCGCGCCGUCGCAGCGCAGCUUGCGCGCCUUGCAGAAGGCGCACGCCAGCAGGAUGCGGCCGUUGGGCGCAAAGAGCUGCUCGCUGCCGUCGAACGGACUGCCCGACGGCAUGCUGUACGCGUGGAACGCGGGUGCCGUCUGCGGACGGUACGAUGCCGGCACAAACGUCGGCAUCGGCGGCGACAUGGGGCUGCGGCUGCUGCUGGCGACCGGCGAGGUGGCGAGGUUGUGCGAGAUGCCGGCGUCAGGCAGCGACAUGUGGCGCAUCAGCACCGACGGCAUGGCGCCGUUGUCGAGCAGGAAAGCUGGCUCGGGAGUGAAGGGCAGGCCGCUGUUGGUGGACAGGACACCAGACGCCGUCUCGGAGCGCGAGCGCAGCUGCUGCGGCAUGGGCUGCGGCGCCAGCAGGCUCGUCGUCGCGGCGCGCUCGCGUGCUCCGAAGGUGGCGUCGAAGCCCGUGUUGAAAUGCACGGGGCCAGACACCGUGGUGACAGCAUUGUCGGCAAAGUCGACCGGCACACCCAGCUGCAUGACAUCGACGGCAGAGACGUCGAGGAUCGGCACCAUGGCGGGCAGGACGUUGAAGGCGGAGGCCUCCGUGGCAAGGGGCGCAGAGGUCGCGGGCUCGAAGAAGAGCGACGCAGCCUCGGCGGCCUCGUAGACGGAGUGCCGACGGUGAGCCGUCGCCGCCUCGUAUUGCUCGACGUUGGCAAAGGACUCGAGGCGCUGCGGGUAGCCGUGGCUCGUCGACGGCGGCGGGCAGAGCUGGUAGAGGACCGAGGCCUGCUGUUGG